AUCAGUUUGACGAUUGCAAUCCAGGAAGCAAAAUAUGAAUAUUAGAUGAUUUGCAUAUUCUUAAAAAAUGAAGAUUAUCAACACAAAAUUUAUCUUUUUAGUAACAAUCGCAGCAUCUUAUGUGGAGCAAAUUCAGAACUCUUCGAUCAAGCAUAGGGGUGAACAUUUUGAAGGGACUAUUUUCGAAACAAGCCUAGAAAAAUUAGGGGAUUCCCACUCCUCUAAACCGCAAUCAUUGACUUUUCUGAAUCAAAAUAAUGCGGAAACAAGUUUUAGAAAACGAAUAAUACCUGAAUCUAAAUUCAAGGGGAACGCAAAGAAAUCUAGGCUUCGUCGAGCAACACGCAAAUCCAGGAAAAAUAAGAAAAUCAACAUACAUGCUGUUCCAGUAAUGAAGAGUCCAUAUGCUCUCUCGGGGCGAUUCGAUUUAAAUGGAAAUAUUCAGUGUAAUUGGACUGCGAAAUCAAGGUCUAAUAUGAAACUUUACACAGAUUCUCCGCACCAAGGAUCACGUGGUUCAAUCGAGACGUACAUCGGCAUCCAAUACACUAGGAACUAUUAUAUCUACGGGCAGUCUCAUAGAAUUAUUAUGAUGAGACUGGCCUAUACCGACCAUGGCCUCUACCAAGAAGAAGAGCUCCGAUAG